AUGGUCACGAAGGUUGAAGACAAUGCCACACUGGACAACCUCAUCAACAGUUCUCCUGAAAAGCUUAUUGUUGUUGAUUUCUUUGCAACUUGGUGUGGCCCAUGUGUAAGAAUUGCUCCUAAAUUGGAGGAGAUGUCAAAGAGUGAAGAUUAUAAGGAUAGUGUCUUAUUCCUCAAAGUAGAUGUUGACGCAGCAAAUGAAAUAUCCGAGAAGUUUAAAAUCCAAGCAAUGCCAACUUUCAUCCUGUUUAAAGACGGCCAAAAAGUGGAUGAAAUGAUGGGUGCGAAUGAAGCUAAACUUAAAGCUUUUAUUAACAAAUAUCUGGGCAACAACUGA